CCACGCACAUGUCCAGGAGCUCAUGGCCGGAGCUCACCGCACACGGCCACACGCACAAGGUGAGGUGAGGCAGGCUCGCUAGGAAGGAAGCCAUGGAGAUCGGGUCUCUGGCGCCGGGUGAGAGGCCGCACGCCGUGAUGAUCCCGUACCCGGCUCAAGGCCACAUCACGCCGAUGAUGAAGCUGGCCAAGCUGCUCCACGCCAGGGGCUUCCACGUCACCUUCGUCAACAACGAGUUCAACCACCGCCGCCUGCUGCGCUCCCAGUCCGCCGACAGGCUACGUGGGCUGCCCGCCUUCCGGUUCACCGCCAUCGCCGACGGCCUUCCGCCGUCCGACCGUGAGGCCACGCAGGACAUCCCUGAGUUGUGCUACUCUACAAUGACCACCUGCCUCCCCAGAUUCAAGGAGCUGGUCGUCAAGCUCAACGAGGCGGCAGAGACCUCCGGCGGCGCGCUGCCGCCUGUGACCUGCGUGGUGGCCGAUAGCACCAUGAGCUUCGCUCUUGCCGCCGCGCGGGAACUCGGCCUCCGCUGCGCCACACUCUGGACCGCCAGCGCCUGUGGUUUCAUGAGCUACUGCCACUAUAAGGAUCUACUCGAUCGUGGGCUCUUCCCUCUCAAAGAAGAGGCGCAGUUGAGCAACGGAUACUUGGACACGAUCAUAGACUGGAUACCGUCAAUGCCCAAAGACCUGCGGCUGCGUGACCUCCCUAGCUUUGUGCGCACCACGGACCCCGAUGACAUCAUGUUCAACUUUUUCGUCCAUGAGACGGCCGCCAUGUCGCAGGCGUCGGGGGUGGUGAUCAACACCUGGGACGAGCUCGACACGGACCUGCUCGAUGCCAUGUCCAAGCUCCUGCCGCCCGUCUAUACAGUGGGGCCACUCCAUCUCACGGUCCGCAACAAUGUCUCGAAGGAGAGCCCCCUCGCCGACAUCGGGUCCAACCUGUGGAAGGAGCAGGACGCGCCCCUCCGGUGGCUCGACAGCCAACCGUCGAACUCCGUGAUGUAUGUAAAUUUUGGGAGCAUCACGGUGAUGUCCAAGGAGCAUUUAUUGGAGUUCGCGUGGGGGUUGGCCAACACCGGCUACGCCUUCCUGUGGAACGUGCGGCCUGACCUCGUCAAGGGCGACGACGAGACCACACUACCGCCAGAGUUUUUUGCGGCGACCGAGGGGCGGAGCAUGCUCUCGACAUGGUGCCCGCAGGAGAAGGUGCUGGAGCAUGAGGCCGUAGGGAUCUUCCUCACGCACUCUGGGUGGAACUCGUCGCUGGAGGGCAUAUGCGGCGGCGUUCCAAUGGUGUGUUGGCCCUUCUUUGCGGAGCAGCAGACCAACUGCCGCUACAAGUGCACGGAGUGGGGCAUCGGGAUGGAGGUCGGGGAAGAAGUGAGGAGGACUGAGGUGGAGGCCAUGAUACGGGAGGUCAUGGAUGGGGAGAAAGGGCGAGAGAUGCGACGGCGUGUGCAAGAGCUCCGGGAUAGCGCCCCGGCCUCCGCACGGUGUGAUGGAAGGUCCAUGCGCAAUGUUGAUAGGCUCAUCCACGAGGUGCUGCUGGCUUGAAACAAGAAAAUUAAGCUGAUAAAUAAAUGGUUUGGACAGUCUGAAGCGUUUAUUAGGAUGAAAUCAAUCCCUUAUCAAUUUCAAAGUUCCAGUAACUUUUUGAGCGGUUAGUUGAAUGGAUUACGAAGAAUAUGUUACCAACAUGAUGGCAAAAUAAAAAUUAAUGAUCAUGAAAAAUGAGGAGCUCCUUCCACGCAUAAUAAGUUAUAUAUGUGGAUAAUAAAUUUUCAUUAGACGCUCUGUGCACCUGGAUGGAGGGAGUAGCAUCAUUCACAUCUGCAUCAUACUUCUCUCAGAAGUUGGCCCCUAUGGACCGAUAACAUCAUAGCACUAUGCCAUCUACUUUUGGGCCUGUAUUUGAGUGAGGAUUAAUUUGAGUGAGGAUUUGGCGCACGCGGGCUGUUGUGCCCCCAUUCAAUAAAGUUGGACCUGCACCCCAUGACGGCUAGUAUUAGCAGUGCAUAUUUUUUCGGUUAAAGAUGUUGGUUAAUGUACGAUUGUACACACUUGUAUUUCUUAUAGACCUCUGGAAUAAAUACAUUAUACAAAAAGUUGAAAGCAAACGACGAA